CACCGGGAAUGCUCUUGCCUUGGGGGCUGGAUUGUCUUCCUGAGUCCCAGAAGUAACCGGAGGAGCUCCCCGCCAUGGAAGCCCCUGGGGAGCCAGGAGCAGACCCUCUCGGAACCCCCAGCCUUUCAGACUCCUCGGCGCCUGGGCACCUGGAGAGAGAAAAGCCAGCCCAGGACCCGCUGUAUGACGUGCCCAAUGCCGGUGGGGGGCAGGCAGGUGGGCCCCAGCGGCCCCGGCGCGCUGUGAGCCUGCGGGAGCGCCUGCUGCUCACGCGGCCCGUGUGGCUGCAGCUGCGGGCCAACGCUGCAGCUGCGCUGCACAUGCUGAGGACCGAGCCCCCGGGGACAUUCCUGGUGCGGAAAUCUAACACCCGCCAGUGCCAAGUUCUGUGCGUGCGGCUGCCCGAGGCCAGCGGCCCUUCCUUCGUCUCCAGCCAUUACAUCCAGGAGAGCCCUAGGGGCAUCUCCUUGGAGAGUUCUGAGCUCGUCUUCCCGGACCUAGUCCAGCUCAUCUGUGCCUACUGCCACACCCGGGACGUCCUUCUUCUCCAGCUCCAGCUCCCCAGAGCCAUCUGCCAGGCAGCCACCCACAAGGAGCUGGAAGCCAUCUCCCAUUUGGGCAUUGAGUUCUGGAGCUCCUCCCUCAACACCAAGGCUCAGCCAGGCCCCCCUGAAGGCCCGCUGCUGCCCCGGCUGAAGCCCCGAUCCCCACAAGAGCUGGACCAGGGCACCGGAGCCGCCCUGUGCUUCUUCAACCCCCUGUUCCCAGGGGAUCUGGGUCCCACCAAGCGGGAGAAAUUCAAGAGGAGUUUCAAAGUGCGUGUAUCCACAGAGACCUCCAGCCCCCUGUCUCCACCUGCUGUGCCGCCACCCCCUGUCCCGGUGCUGCCAGGGCCAGCCCCCAGCCAGACAGAAAGGUUGCCCCCUUGCCACCAGCUGCUGCGGAGGGAGAGCUCAGUGGGGUACCGUGUACCCGGUACCACCUCCAGCCUCCCUCCCCUGCCCUCCCUGCAGGAGGUGGACUGUGGCUCCCCCAGCAGCUCUGAGGAGGAGGGGAUGCAGGGGUUUCAGGGGAGUCCAGCAACCUCACCCCGCCUGAGGCUCAAGAGUCGCAGGAGGCCUUUGCUUAGGUCCAUGAGCGCUGCCUUCUGCUCUCUGCUGGCACCUGAGCGGCAGGUGGGCCGGGCAGCUGCGACAUUGAUGCAGGACCGCCACACAGCUGUGGGCCAGCUGGUCCAGGACCUACUGACCCAGGUGCGGACUGGCCCAGAGCCCCAGGAGCUGCAGGGUAUCCGGGAGGCACUGAGCAGGGCCCGGGUCAUGCUGAGCGCAGAGCUGGGACCUGAGAAGCUGCUGCCACCGGAUAGAUUGGAACGUGUCCUGGAGAAGUCACUGCAUCGCUCAGUGCUCAAGCCUCUCCGGCCCAUCCUGGUGGCCCGACUGCAGCGCCGGCUUUCCGCUGAUGGCUCUCUGGGCCGCCUGGCCGAAGGCUUCCGCCUGGCCCGGGCUCAGGGCCCAGAAGCCUUUGGGUCCCACUUGAGCCUGCCCUCCCCGGUGGAGAUGGAGCAGGUGCGCCAGAAGCUGCUGCAGCUGCUCCGCGCCUACUCACCCAGUGCCCAGGUCAAGCGUCUCCUGCAGGCCUGCAAGCUGCUCUACACAGCUCUGAGGACCCACCUGGGUGAGGGCGCGGGAGCCGACGAGUUCCUCCCACUGCUGAGCCUGGUCCUGGCCCAAUGCGAUCUUCCUGAGCUGCUGCUGGAGGCCGAGUACAUGUCAGAGCUGCUGGAGCCCACUCUGCUCACUGGAGAGGGCGGCUACUACCUGACCAGCCUCUCUGCCAGCCUAGCACUGCUGAGCAGCCUGGGCCAGGCCCACACCCUCCCCCUGAGCCCCUCACAGGAGCUGCAGCGCUCCCUCAGCCUCUGGGAGCAGCGCCGCCUGCCUGCCACCCACAGCUUCCAGCACCUCCUCCGAGUAGCCUACCAGGACCCCAGCAGUGGCUGCACCUCCAAGACCCUGGCCGUGCCCCCAGGGGCCUCGGUUGCCACCCUGAACCAGCUCUGUGCCACCAAGUUCCGAGUGACCCAGCCCGACGCUUUCGGCCUCUUCCUGUACAAGGAGCAAGGCUACCACCGCCUGCAGCCCGGAGCCCUGGCCCACAGGCUUCCCGCAACCGGCUACCUUGUCUACCGCCGCCACGCAGAGCGGCCUGAGGCACAGGGCGCCUUGCUUGGGGGUGCAGCAGAGGGGAGCUGCAGGGGGCCAGAGGCAGGGGGCAGGGAGGAGGAGGAAGGGGGCCCAGGAGAAGGGGACAUCAGAGCCAAAGCCAGUCCCCGGGGCAGCAAGGCAGAGUCUGCGACAACUGCCGCACCGGAUGAGAGCCGGACCAGAGGAGGCCCUGCUCAGCCAGAUGGGCCAGAGGCUGAGGGAAGCCAGGCCGCAGAGGAGUAGCUGGGGGUGGCCAGAAGGGUCAUUUGGGGCAGAAAACUCUGAGCCUGCUGGAAAGGCCCAUCAGCCCCACUGACCAAGGCCACAGCCUCCUUAGCCUCCCCCCCCCCACUCUUGUGUCUGCCUCCCCCUCUGUCUAUUUAUCUACAUGACAACCUGUUGGGGCAGUGCCUGGACUGGCUGCAUCUGGGCAUUGGAGUCAACUUGAGGGGGCUUGGGAGACCCAAGACCAAGGGCCCAAGGCCUUUGCCUUUUGUGCUUCUGCCCCUGCUGGAGGCUGGCCAGCCUGCAGUGCCAGUGUGCUCAGCCUCUGGCAGCCGGGGAGGAGCCACUGCCCAGGCGGCCCCUCCAAGCUGGGGGCUUCCUGGCCCCAAAAGUCUCCACCUACUCCUGGUGUCAGAGGAUUCAAGGAGACAGCAGGGGCUCAGGGCCAGUCCUGCUCCAGACCACCUGGAAGAGUAGUGCCUCCAAACUUCAGUGUCCUCACUGUAAAGGGGGGCGCUGCCAUCCUAUCUUCUCCCUGAAACCUUCCAGGGGUCAAAAUGGAUGGGUUUGCUGCAGAGCAGGACUCAGACUAUGGGGAAGGGGGAAAGGAGGUGAGAUGUUAGCAUUGCUUCCCC